AUGGUGGCUGCAAAGAAGACGAAAAAGUCACCAGAGUCCAUCAACUCUAGGUUCCAACUCGUUAUGAAACGCAGAAAGUGCAUGCUGGGGUACAAGCAGACUAUGAAAAUGAUUAGACAUGGCAGAGCGAAACUGGUCAUCCUUGCCAACAACUGCCCAGCCUUGAGGAAAGCUGAAAUAGAAAACUACGCCAUGUCGGCCAAAACUGGUGUUCAUUGCGACAGUAGAAAUGCUACUGAAUUGGGCCCAGCAUGUGAGAAAGACUACAGAGUGUGCACACUGACGAUUAUUGAUCCAGAUGAGUCUGGUAUCAGUCGAAGCACGCCAGAACAGACUGGUGAAAAGUAA